GGCAUGACCUAGUUCUGAAGUACUUCCGCCCGGUGUCACACUUCCUUUCCGAGUAUCUGCACACGGCAGCAAGGACGAGUCAAAUGCUAGCGACCAGAGCCCUGAGUCUUGUUGGCAAACGUGCCAUUUCCACAGCUGUGUGCCUGCGUGGAAGUCAUGGUGUCGCAAAGGUGGAGCCCUAUACUCUCCCUUCCUACUUUGACAGUGUGACCACCCCCCUCCCAGCAAUCCGCUAUGUGCAGGAACUGAGUGCAGAACAGAAGUCUCUCAAGGAUAAGGAGAUGGGUUCGUGGGCUGCACUCUCUAAUGAGGAGAAGAUAGCAUUGUAUCGCAUCAGCUUCCAUGAGAGCUUUGCUGAGAUGAACCGGGCAUCUUAUGAGUGGAAGUCUGUGGUUGGUGCAGUGAUGUUCUUUCUUGGCAUGACUGGUGUGAUUGUGCUUUGGCAGAGGAAGUAUGUGUAUGGACCAGUUCCUCAUACAUUUGAUCCUGAGCACAAAGCAAAAGAGCUGCAAAGAAUGCUAGACAUGAGAGUCAACCCUGUGCAAGGCUUUUCUGUUCACUGGGAUUACGAAAAAAAGCAGUGGAAGAAGUAAAGUCAAAAGCGGACCAUGUCACACACUUUAAAACAAAAGCAGACCAAUUCAAAGAUCCAGAAAUAACUGCAUUACUGUAUUUAUCCAUUGUCCACUUUUCCUCAGUGUGAUUAUUAUGGAAGACCUCUUCCUCUUAUGUUCAUUGUACAUUAGAGAAAUAAAAUAAACCAUCAAUCCAA